AUGGAUGGCCCCUCGGUCGCUCUAUCGUUUGCGAACAACUUCUGGGGCAAGGAGGAUGCCGGCGUAGGACCCCUUCUCGGCCGUAUGGCCGCUGCCAAAUCGACAAAUGACGAGCUCAGAUCAUUCUAUGCCGCUCGAGCAUCGAUCGAAGACGAAUAUGCGAGGAAGCUCCUAUCACUAUGCCGGAAGUCCCUGGGCUCGCAAGAAAUGGGCACUUUGAAGACUUCGCUUGAUACUGUCAGGGGCGAGUUGGAGGGCAUGGCCAAACAGCAUCAGAGCAUCGCUGCCCAGAUGAAAACGGAGCUUGAGGAGCCCCUCGCCGCUUUCGCCGGCGGCAUGAAGGAACGUCGCAAAAUCAUUCAGAACACGGUGGAGAAGCUGUUGAAAGUCAAGGUUCAGCAGACACAGAUGGUGAACAAGACACGCGAUCGCUAUGAACAGGAGUGUCUGAAGAUCAAAGGCUACUUGGCUCAGGGACACAUGGUCAUGGGACAGGAAGAACGCAAGAACAAGGCGAAGCUUGAAAAGACCCAGAUCAGCCUUGCUACGACCAACACCGAGUACGAAAGCGCCGUCAAGGCUCUCGAGGACACGACUGCCAGGUGGAAUAGAGAGUGGAAGGCAGCUGCCGACAAAUUCCAAGACCUCGAGGAGGAGAGACUCGACUUCACAAAGAGCAGCCUGUGGACCUUUGCAAACAUUGCGUCCACCGUCUGUGUCAGCGAUGAUGCAGCCUGCGAGAAGAUCCGUCUCUCGCUCGAAAAGAUGGAGGUUGAGAAAGACAUUGCAACAUUCAUCAAGGAGAGAGGCACCGGACAGGAGAUUCCCGAUGCGCCCAAGUACAUCAACUUCUGCCGGGGCGAUAUCGAUUCCCAGUCUGAAGUCUCAGAGGACGAGAACUAUUCAGUCGCUCAGUUCCCAAGAAGCAUCAAUCCAGCAUUCCGAUCCUCAUCACCACAACCCUCAACCUUUGAGUCGCACCAUGAUCCAAACUCAAGUCUGGCUCGGGAGAUGGGACAUGCUAUCACCGAUACCCCGCCAAGUCGAGAGCAGACCUUGACGCCGGCCAAGAUGGCACCUCCUCCCGUUAUGCCAGCCCAGGACCGGCACCGGGGCGGACAGCCUGACGGAUACCAGGUCCAGAGCCCGCAGUAUGAUGCUAAUGACUUUGCUCCAGUUCCCCAUGACCCCUACCCGAUGGACGGGAUGACAAUGCUCUGUCGGACUCGACCAACUUCAGACCUUGGCUCUCAAGUUAGCUCGCAUGUCAGCUCCGCUCACUCUGGGCGACCUUCGUCCCGAGACUCGCACAGUGACUAUUCUAACCCGACAUCAUUCUCUAGUCAGGAACCGCCGAGUGGUAAGGUCUCACCUGUCAAGCAAGAGCCGGCCGUCGUCGAGCAGCCGGAGAAGAAGGUCCUCAAGAAGAAGAGCGGCUUCUUCCAGAACCACAGCCCGUUCCGUCGCAAGAGCACCAAGGAGGUGGCGGCGCCUGCGGCAUCCAACAGGAACACCUGGCACCCAUCUAACUCUCAAGGCAGCACUGGGUCUGGUAGGAGGGGACCCUUUUACGGGGGUGAUUCAUCAUCGCAGAACCUGCUCCGUGACAACACUGCCAGCCCUGAUCCCAUUGAUGCCAAUGCUAGUCUGGCACUCAAUGUUGGCAAUAACGUCUUCCCCGUCUCGAACCCCGAGAGAGAGCGCAAAGCUGCGCCUGUGGAGAGCCAGGCGCCGCCCGAUGACGACCCGAUCGCUUUAGCCUUGGCUGAACUGAAGGGCGUUACCCUCGGCAAACAGUCAUCUACGAGGCAGUCUGCCGACCACUACCACGGUAUCGCCACACCAGCGCCUGGCACCCAGGCGUUCUCGCGGUCUGGGCCGGCUGCAGGCAACAGUGCAGUGGCAGCCGGGCUCAGGGGCACGCCACCCCCGUCGUACGACCAGCAGGUCCAGAGGCUUGGGGUUCCCCAGCCGGCAGUCACCUCACGGGCCAUGAAGGAGACGUCGCAGAAGUUUGUCGAGCAGACUCGAAACAUGUUCAGCCCGCCUGGUGGCCAGCAGGGCCGCCCGGGCUCCGGCUCGGGCGGAUACGCCGCUUCCCCGAGCCGCUCCGGCACCAGAGGCCACGACAUGCCGCGCACGGCAUCCCCGGCCCCCCCGCGCAGCGCGUCUCCGCGCCCCGGCACCCGUGCCGCGGAGACCAGGCAGCACAUGUCUGCGUCUCCGACAGCCUAUUCCGGCAGCCAGUCUGCCUACUCUGGGAGCCAGCGCCAGUCGUCGCACAUGUCUUCGAAGCGCGGGUCCGACCAGGGCUACUACCGCCACAACUCGCCCAACAACAUGGCUCGCACGGCGUCCCCGGCGCCUUACGGAGCGGACUACGCCCGUCCCGCUAGCAGUCAGAUGAACCAUGACAUGGCCGUCCAGCUGGCGCCCGUGGGAGACGACGGGUACGGAUCCCAGCGAGGGCGAGGAAGCCGCCCUGGCACCAGCACCGGCUCUCGGGGAGCCAUGGCCUUCUACGAAGGCGGCGGAGCGGUGCAGCCGGCGUCGCGGCAGCGCAGCAAGAGCGUGGCUGAUCCCAGUCGUCAGUAUACGCGAGACGGCCGUCCCAUCAUGCAUUUUGCCCGAGCAUUGUACGUUUACCAAGCCGCCAUCCCGGAGGAGCUCGGUUUCGCCAAGGGCGACGUCUUGGCCGUUCUCCGUCACCAGGAUGACGGGUGGUGGGAGGCGACGGUGCAUGGAGGCAGCGGUCAGGUCGGGCUGGCCGUCGCGAGCUCUUACAUCGACAGCGCAUACCGCGCCGCCUCGUCGCCAACCUCGAAGACGCUGGCCAAGACGGUCUUUGCGGCGGUGCUCCUGAUCAGCGGCGCGGCGGUGCUCCUGGGCCUCGCGUUCGUGGCGUACAUCUUUUUCUACAAUGCUUACCUCCCGGACCAGAUCACGACGGUGCCGGUACAUCUACAAUAUGGAUACCAACUGAAUCCCUACGGCAUGGCCGACCUGCGCUCCCGAAACCUCAAGGAGCUGCAAAACUACGACAUCACGGUGCAUCUAUCGCUGCCGCGGUCGCCCGUGAACAUGGAGAGGGGCAACUUCAUGGUGGAGCUGUACCUCAUGGGCAGCGGCUACGUCGCCUUCCCCGCGCUCGUGCCCCCGACGACCGAGGAGUUCAUGGAGACGCGGCCGGUCCUGUCGGCCUCGUUCCGCCCCGCCGUCCUGCCGUACACGGACCCGACCACGUUCAAGGCCUCGCGACUGCUGUUCAUGGCUUACCACCUGCUGUACCCGGCCCGGUCGGAGACGCUCACGCUGAAGGUGCCGAUGAUGGAGCGCGUGGCGUUCGCGUCGGCGGCGGCGGUGCCGGCAUCGCUCUACGUGGAGGUCAAGGCCGGGCAGACGCUGCAGACGUACGGCGCCGAGGUGACGUUUGUCGCCCGCCUGAGCGGGCUGCGGUGGUUCAUGUACCACUACUGGGUGUCGUCGGCGGCGCUGUUCACGACCCUGUUCUGGCUGUUCGAGGUGCUGUUCAUGGUGCUGGCGUAUGCCGGGGCGACGGCGUUGAUCGCCUACAUCUCGGCCGAGGCCGGCGGGCCCGUCGUCAAGAGGGAGCCACGGCCGCAGCAGCCCGUUGGCGGCGGCGGCGGCUCGCAGAGGACGGCGCAGAUCAAGCAGGAGACGGACGGCGGGAGCUCGUCGCGGACGCUGAUGGGGUACCCCUCGUACUCCGGCAAGGAGCUGGAGUCGUCGCGGGAGGCCACGCAGCAGGAGGAGGAGACGGCCGGGGAGGAGGCCGGCGACGAGGCCAACGAGUUUGACGAGGAGGACGUGGCGAGCCCGGGCCGGUCUGGUCCCGGCUCGACGGGCUACAGCUCGGCGGGCGCCGAGGGGCUGGCGCGGCGGAGGAUAGCAGAGCGGGACAUGCCGGGGUCUUAG